GAAUAAAAAAACAGAAUGGCUGGAGUAGAGGAUGAUCCAAAUUUAAAAGGACUAAAGCGAUAUUUUAAUAGCGAAACGAACCGUGGACGAGCUAAUGUAAGCGAAUUAUUAAUGGCCGGUGGUGAUUCAGUAGAUGAGUCCCAACUCAAGGGUCUUUCCAAAUAUUUCAACAGUGCUACAAAUAAAGGAAGAGCCAAUACGGCAAAAGCGACCUAUGCAGUAUUUGGAGCAAUUAUUUUAUAUUUCACCCUCAAACCCAAGAAGAAGUAACCUGUCUCAUAGCUUUUAGUGAUUUUCGUAAGGGCAAUGAAUUAUUUAGUUAAUCAUGUCAACCAUAAUUUAAUGUAAUAAAAAAUCCAUCAGU